AUGCAGCGACUCUCCCUGCUGUCGUCGCAUCUGUCUCGAGACAAAGGAAGCAGUGUCGAACAGCAGGCGAGGAGGUCCACCACAACCCCGCCAUCGGCCGACCGCGGAGACCCCGCCUCAAGCAUCACCAAAGACAACUCCAUGGCGAAAGCAAAGGUCGUGGUAACGCGGCAGCUAAUCGAUGUCGCACAAUCUAUACUCGAUGCAAGAAAGGACGAACUAGACAUUGUGCAAUGGGACUUUAUAGAGCCCUGCGACCGGACCUGGCUUCUAGCAAACGUCAAAGGCGCAACAGGAAUCCUCGUCAUGCUGAGUGACAAAGUCGACGAAGAGCUCCUGGAAGCCGCGGGACCUCAACUCAAGGCCAUUGCUUCCCACUCUGUUGGCACAGAUCACGUGGACCACAAUGCACUCAGGAAACGCAACAUCCGUCUCGGCUACACGCCAACGUGUCUCACCGACUCCGUUGCCGACCUCACCCUCAUGCUCAUUCUCAUGGCCCAGCGACGGGGCGGCGAGGCCAUGGGCAGAGUCCUCAAAGGCGAUUGGCCCCAGAUGCCAUGGCACCCCUUACUCAUGACCGGACCUCAGAUCCGUGGAGCGACUGUUGGGUUCCUGGGCUUUGGCAGGAUCGGACAGGCGACUCUGAAAAGGCUGUUGCCGUUCGACAUCAAACGCGUACUCUACCUGACAUCGAAGCCCGGCCAACCCGUCAAAGAAGACCAUUUCAACCUACUCAAGGCUGCCAGCAUCCCCAUCGACCCCGCUCAGAGCGCCGACCAACUCGCGCAGGAAAGCGAUGUGGUGAUUGUAGGGUGUGCGCUGACGCCAGAGACCAGACAUCUCGUUAGUACCGACUUCUUCGCCAAGAUGAAGAAACUCGCCGUCCUUGUGAAUAUUGCACGUGGCCCUAUUGUCGAUACAGAUGCACUGGUCAAGGCGCUGGACGAGGGCGCCAUCUUCGGGGCGGGGUUGGAUGUCAUUGAGAAUGAACCGAAUAUCCAAGCCGACCAUCCGAUCCUCAAACAGCCCAGAUGCGUUUUGGUGCCGCAUAUCGGCUCGGCCACGUUUGAGACGAGGCAGCAGAUGGCGACGGAGACGGUGAAGAAUUUAUUAGCGGGGAUCGAGGGCGGGAGUAUGGUGAAUGAAUUAGAACUGUAG